AUGAAGUGGUAUGGAGUUGCAUCCAUAUUGCCGUCUCUGUUCUGGCCGGCUUGUGCCAUAUUUGCCGACGAUGCCUUCCACAUAGACUUCCACCAUGCCCUGAUCGGAAGCCCGCAGCCUCAUACUACCUUCUUCCACAAACCCCAUUCGAACACCAACGCCUCUCUUCUCUAUACCCUCUCCGACAAAACUGUUCUAGGCGCUGUUAACCCCAAGGACGGGUCAGCGCUGUGGCGCCAGCCCCUCGCAGGACAACCUAUUGAUAUUGCGCCGAGCUUGUAUCUGAUUGCGGGGGAAAGAGAUGGCCAGCUGGUCAGCGGAUACGAUAGGACUGUGGCAUGUUGGGAUGCUCUUGACGGGAGACUCGUGUGGGACUAUACACUGCCGCCGGGGACUGUAAUAGGUGGACUACAAGCCAUUCCCCUUCAGGGCUCUGUCCCGGAUGGAGUUCCACAAGACUUUGUGGUCCUAGCAGUCUCGACAGACUCUCAAACGCAUACUUCCAUCAGUCGAAUCGCUGGCGACGGCGGCGGACAACGAUGGCAACAUGUAGAUUCAAGCACCGCACAUGGCUCCUCCGCGUCAAUCGCCACCUCCGCUCAGCACGUCUACUAUAUAACAACGUCCCAGGGUUUGUUGACGAGCAGCAAGGCAAAGGUUAUCACCUUGGACAGCGCGACAGGACAUGAAGUCAGCCAAACAGGGGUUGCCGUCGACACGGAACCCCUGGCACCCGGUGGUCAAUAUGUGGCGGACGCUUGCUCCGGAUCCCCCUUCCUGAUUUCCGCUGAGAAACCGUUCAAGGCGGUGAAGUUCAGCCUGCUCAGCCAUCCGAAAGGUUCAUCUCUCACGUUAGAUGACAAAGGAGAAGAAAUUGAGGAUGUUACAAUUCACGCUGCUUGUCACCAGUCAACAGCAACUCAUUUUCUCCUACAUAUCAAAGGGAAGACACGACAAUGGGCCGAGGUCUUCCAUGUGAACCCGAAAUCGGGGGAUGUUGCAAAGGUCUAUUCAUUACCUGCUACCGAAGAACGGAGCGUGUUUACUGCGAGCAGCUACGAGGGAUCUGCCUUUUUCAUUCGCUCCACAGAGUCCGAAGUCCUUCUGUACUCUUCAGAGUCUCACGGACAACUAGGGAGGUGGAAAAAGACUAACUUCAAGACUUCCCCUGGAAGCUUCCAUUCACACGCAACCGCCGAGGUUGUCAGCAGAGGGAAAGCCAACUAUGCGGUUCGAGUUGCUGAAUUCUCUACCAGUGGAGAUUGGUCUCUGAUCCGCAAUGGAGAAUUGCAAUGGAGUAGGCCCGAGAUGCUCGCCUAUGCGAACAUUGCUGCCUGGGACGAAAAUGGUGCUCCAGAUGCUCUGGCAGAGGAGCUUGAUCUUGAGUCUUCAGUUAACCCUUGGACGGCCUACAUCCAUCGUCUCAAACGCCAUAUUCACGAUCUCGCAUCCCUUCCGGAGUAUCUGCGCAACCUUCCAGACACCAUUUUGAAAUCUACUCCCGAUGCUGAUGUGAUCACACGCCAAAACCUGGUUGGAACAAAAGUCGUCAUUGUUGCCACUACUCGAAAAGAGGUGAUCGCGCUGGAUGCUACCACUCCAGGCGUUCUCAGGUGGCAGUCAGAUCUUUCCACCCACAUCCCCGAAGGUACCGAGAUCAAAUCUGUUACGGUUAGCGGCGGAAGAGUUUCAGUUUAUCUUUCGAAUGGAUCACUACUCGUCUUGGACGCCGACAACGGAAGCCUCAUCGAAAAUAAACCCGGCACCAUUGCCAUAUCAUAUCUAAUUCAAAUUCCCGGCAGUCCUGCGCCAGCUGUCAUCAAAGUCGGGUCCGAUGGCGUACCUCGCCUUGCUGACGAUGUCGUUCCUGGAACCGUCUCGGAAGGCAACGCUGUGGUAACAAUAAGUCCAGACGGAAAAGCAAUAGGAUGGAUCGUUGGCCGGAAUGUCGAGAAGACAUGGAUAUUGAAUCCACAAGAUGGUAUGAAGAUCGUGCGUGCCGUGGCUCGGGCGGAGCAUGAUUCUGUUGCAUCGAUCGGCCGUGUGCUCGGGAACAGAUCUGUUCUGUACAAGUAUCUUUCGCCAAACGUUGCACUUCUGCUGGCAACCUCGGAGUCCGGAGCAUUGAUGGUCUAUUUGAUCGACGCUGUGACAGGGGCAAUUCUCCAUACCGCAACCCACCAUGGCGUCCUCUAUUCAGACAUACCCGCUGUGAUAUCCGAGAAUUGGUACGCCUACACGUUCACGGUCCGCGAUCCAUUGACAUCUGGCCUCUCCAACCAACUUGUCAUCUCUGAACUGUACGAAUCCUCGGCUCCGAACGAUCGGGGCCUCCUGGCAGCGCGAACGAAUUAUUCCGUCUUCUCAGUUGACGGUGCUGCGGUCAAACCCUACGUGAUAUCUCAAUCAUACACAGUGGCAGAGCCGAUAUCACAUCUGACAGUCUCGCAAACCGCGCAGGGAAUAACCUCACGCCAACUCCUUGCGACCUUACCCAACAGCAACGCAAUAGUCGGCAUUCCCCGCGAAAUCCUCGAUCCCCGCCGCCCUGUCGAGCGGGAUCCCAAUGCUACAGAGCGAGAGGAAGGGCUCACCCGCUACAUGCCUAUCCUAGAGUUUGACCCAAAAUACUACUUGACGCACUCACGCGAAGUAUUGGGCAUUAAAGAGGUUCUCUCGUCGCCAUCUCUUCUGGAAUCCACUUCCCGAGUCUUUGCUUUCGGGCACGACAUUUUUGGCACCACGAUCACGCCGAGUUUGGCCUUUGACGUGCUUGGAAAGGGUUUCAACAGGGUACAGUUGGUCCUCACGGUUGUGGCGUUAUUUGCAGGUGUCGGGGCGCUGAGACCGUUGGUGAGAAAGAAGACGGUCGACGGCCGGUGGAGGUAG